AUGGAUGAAGAUGUUCUGCAUAUGUUUUUCAAGGAUAGAGAAGUAAAUGAAGAUUUUAUUUCCAAAGCUUUUGACAUGCUAUGGCAGAGAGAGGUUCUGAGAGUUGUUAAUCUUGGACCUAAAGUCAUGGGAAGUGAUGAUGGGAGUGGAUUUUUUAUGCUGUCAAGAACUCAGGAAUGGUUAUUAGGUGACAAUUCUGCACCGAGGAAUAAGAAAGCUUUUGCCAAGGUGUUGCUGGAUGACAGUGAAAGAAGGAAGAAACUGAACCAUCUUAAAUAUGAAGCUGGCAAGAGAGAGUUGAUGCUUUUAUCAGUUGGAAUUGGAACUGCAUGCAGUGGGUAUGGUUUGAUAGUCUUAUCAGUUCAGGCUGCUGUUAGUUAUGUUGUAGGGGUUCUUUUCAGUUGCUUGUACCUUCAGCUCUUAUAUCAGCAUGUGGAUAAUCUAUUGAAGGAAAUGGUUCCUCAGAUUUUCAAGCCAAAGAAAUUGAAAAAAAUAGGAAUAAGAAGUGAGGACUUGCAGGACUUCUUAGAGAGAUCAAUCAAGGGUAGUGGCAUUGCUCUUUCUUCUCCAAGACUAGUGAUCCCAGCUGCUGUAUAUGGAUUGUGGAUCCUGUCCCAUAAAUUUUUGGCCAAUGAUUUCUUUGAUUUUCAGCUUGUGCCUUCAAUGGUUGGGAUGUUUGCAUACAAAGCGGCUGCUCUUGUUCAAGUAUACAGAGAUAAUGAAGACCUGCAGUUUAUCUUUCCAGAAAACGAGGAACAUUCAAGUGACUGAGUCUGCAAUUUUGCAUAGUUUGAUUGAAUACUUCAACCAUGAACUGAUGUCUUCCUGGCUAGUGCCGUACAGCGGGAAAUUCUUCCACAUUUUGUGCCAUGUUAAAUACAUGGGGAUGAUUCAGACAAGAAAGCCAUCCAAACAAACUCUUAAGGGAAAUGAUGCGGUUUCUACUUACCUGUGCUGGUGCCAGUAUGAUUCAGGGUACGUACAUUUCCCUUGCAAGUUUCAAUGAAUAUCGAAUUCUAGCAAAACUGCAAGGUCCAUUCAUUGGUGUUGAUGCUUUAUCGUAUAUGUUUCUAAUUUCGGCGAAUGAUGCUCAAAAUUCAUGCAUAUUUCUAACGUGAUUACUGCCAUUGAACUGUUCA